UCGUCAUCAGAACCGGCAGUGAUAUCAACAGCAGUUUCCACAACUUCACGAACUUCAACAAACCAGCCUUCUCAACAAGGUGCGUAAUUGUCUGCUUCGUUUCUUCAACUUGGAUUAGACUUGUUCUUUUGUUUUGCUUUGUUUUUGUUGUUGUUGUCGUUAUUUUUUUUAGCUUUAAUCUUCGUCUUGGUCUAUAAACUCUCAUCCUAAGUUAAACUGCUUGCAAAAUACGUUAUUGAAGACUUAUACAAAACAUGGACUCCCGGCACCUCUCUGGACCUAAACCAUGGACCUCUUGAUGAACCUGGUCCAUCGACUACCCACGUGGACAACUCCUAAUUUUUGUAGAUAAACUUUUACCAAUUUUUUUUAUCUGAAUCCCAUUAGCUAAAUUCCAUUCAUGGGUUUGGUUUAGUUUGGACCUACUUUUAAUAUACUUGCCUCGAAGGUUUUUUUUUUUAACCUUGACUUCACCUUAAUUCUUCCAUAAGCUCGCCAAAAAAAAUCCAUUAUCAAACCAUCAUGACCUCAUACUAAGCAAUUAACGCAAAAAAAAAUCGUCUCCUGUCAUCUGAUUCUCUUUUUACAAAACCAACAACUUAAUUAUUUACUGAUAUCAAUUCUGACAGGCACACAUAAACUGGGCAAGGGAAGAACAAUGAGGAAAUAAGAAAUAUAAUACUCAAACAACUGGAAACAAUUUCUUAACAGAUGUAUCGUCAUCAGAACCCGAAGUGAUACCAACAGCAGUUUCCACAACUUCACGAACUUCAACAAACAAGCUUUCUCAACAAGGUGAGUAAUUGUCUGCGUUGUUAGUUCAACUUGUAUUGGACUCGUUCUUUUGUUUUGUGUUUGUUUUUGUUUUUGUUUUUUUUUUUUUCACCUUUAAACUUUGUCUUGGUCUAUAAACUAGCCAAACAGAGAACAAACAAACAAAUUUUCAAUAUCUAGCCAUUCAUGAUCUCACAAUAAGCCAUUAACGCAUAACUAUCGUCUGCACCAUCUAAUUCUCUUUUACUAAACCAAUAACUAAUAACCGAUAGCAAUUCUGGCAAAAGCACAUAAACUGGAUAGGGGAAACACAGUAAUGAUGAUAUUAAAACUAUAUAAAUACUGAAAAAACUGGAAAACAAUCUAGUGUGAGUAGUUAUUAUCAUGCUCCUCAACAGAUGUAUCGUCAUCAGAAGCCACAGUGAUACCAACAUAUAUUUCCACAGCUUUACUAGAUUCAGCAAUCAAACCUGCUCCGCUCGGUGGGUAAUUUUCUGUGUCUUUGCUUCAACUUUUAUUUACCGUUAUAGUCUAGUUGAUAUAGCUAAAUCAUUCUGAAUCCAUUGGUACCGGACAAAUACAUGUGUAACAAUCUACAGAUAGUCUUACAUUUGAACCCUUUUAAUACAGACACUAAUCUGAGGGUGCCAUAGACAGUACUGGUAUCAAUGGCCGUUUUUAUACUGCUGUCGCAUUAUCUGCCUGGACGAACUUGUGCCAACAUUUGUAGUUCGUCUGGUUAUGCGUCUUAAGUAUAAAGACGGACCCGGGCACAAGACGCAUUACGUGUCUGGACGAAGUAUCCUUUGUAAUACGUCGUGAACGACGCACUACUGAGGUAGACAAAUGUUAGCAAAACUUCAGCCAGAUGGUUAAUUUUGCCUCCUCAGUAUAAAAAAAGGCCAAUGACACUUGAUUUCUCUUCCAACUUGCUCUAUCAACUUGAUGAGCCUGUUAACAAAAGCAGGAGCCUAUGGCUUCUGUCUGGAAGGUCACUUCUUGUUUAUUCUAAAAGUAAAGCUCUGAAAAUGAAAGGAAGAGAAGCAUGAAAAUGCUUUCAGAGUUAAACUACUUGAGAAAUACGUUAUUGAUGAUAAUUUAUGCAUUAGGCUCGGCACAUAAAUAUUUCGAUGUCUGAAUUAAAGUCGUUCCAAAGUCGCAAUACUAGGCCAGGUUAGGCUGAAACAAAGGCCGAGACGCAGAGAAAGAGAAAGGCCAGGCUACAAUACCAUAUUUUUGUGCCAUAAUUGAUCAUUUUAGACAAGAUAGCGAUUCAUUUGAAUCAUUACAUUCGACAUUUUCGUGCUCUUUCACUGUCUGUAACUUUUCGGAAACAUGGCUCACAAUUUGCGACUGAACUGACCGCUAUCCAGCCCUUGAGAGAAAGAGGAAUACAAAAGUAUUCCUGGCACCGUAAAUAAGUUUCUUAUCUUUUGUAUUCCUGCCACCGUGAAUAAGUACAUAUUGUAUUCCUAAAGCAAGAUGAGCGAGAUUAUCCCUCUUUACCCGCCAUUUUCCUCAAUUUAGUGUUGUGCGGUUGGCAACUACCUAAAAACGAGCGCAAUUGUUGGGCAAAAAAAGAAUAUAAAUUUAAAGUGUGCAUAAUGUUUGCAUUAGGUUCUGCACUUCAGAGGAGCGCCGUAUGAAUCACCUGCCGCUCGAAUAACGUAUAAUGCGAGUACUGACUGUGUUGAAUUUGGUGUUUUUGCCACACUAAAUUAAACCUGCUUUACCAAAUUGAUUCAGACGCGGCCCUUUUGCCCUAUUUAAGUCAACGACCAAACAGAACGGGAAAAUGAAAAAUGGGAACAAAACUUAACUUGAACCCUAGCCCUAUCGGUAAAUUCAUUACUAUUCUCUUUCUCGUUCUUAUUUUCAUUUUCCCGUUGCCCUUGCUCAUUACCCACUCCCGGUUCCUUGUUUUACUAACAUCGGCUAUUAAUCUCCAGGUUGUUAUUACGUAUGCACCCCACGUAUCAGUGAUCUAUAGAGCCAUCUUCGUUUUGACUUCCACAAAGUGCAGUAAGGACCUUCUGUCACUCGUAAUUUAAUGAAACGUGUUUUGAGCAUCUAUAACGUGACUCCUAUACGCAAUGCACAGCGUUGGAGCAAAGCGUUUUGACCUUCGAUCGUUGUCGACCGAACUCCGCAACCUUUGGUUAUUACUAGUUUCAACUAAUUUUAUGUCUUUGGUUUUCGUUUUUCUAUUGUUUCUUAACUCAGCUUGUCAACAAGGGUGGAUUUGCAACGGGACGUCAUGUUAUAAAUUGGUUACGUCACCAACAUUGAGUUGGGGAAAGGCAAAGGAGGAAUGUGAAAAAUGCCAGGCCGGAUUGGUAAAGGUUGAUUCUCGUGAAGAAAAUGAUUUCAUAAAAACGGAGCUUUUGCCGACCCACAAAGACACUGGUUACUGGAUUGGACUUUCUGAUUCUGACAACGAAGGUGACUGGAUGUGGACGGACGGAACUCAAUUGGAUUCGGAUGGGUACAAAAACUGGGGAGAUGACCAGCCGAAAAAUAACGAAAAUAAUAAUGAUGAUUGUGUUAUAAUAAGAAUAAGAGAAUCCGAUCCAGACCAUUACGGGAAGUGGCAUGAUCUACCAUGCUCAUUAGACAAGAAAUUUAUUUGUGAAAAGUAA